UGACUGUAAACAAAUAAAAGAGAAUCCUUUUUGUACAUUCUUCUUUUUCUCUCUCUCACGUUCGCCUCCCCUCUCUCUCUCUCUCUCUCUCGAUCAUUUCCUCCCAAAGGAGGUUUCUUUGAUCUGAAUCGUAUCGUGUCGUUUCGCUUCCGAAUAUGGAAAUAGAAACCGAACAUCAUAGAACCGUCUCUGUCGAUGACAACGACAACGACAGCCUCGUACCAGAGCCUAGCUCAACAAAGGAGAGCCUUUCAGAAGAUAUCUCCCUCACUGGCCAAGUCACAAAUUAUCAUCAUCAUCAUCCAGAGCUAUCGAGCGCAAGCCAAGUUCUGAUAAAAGUCGAAUUGGAUUUUGCGUUCGUCUCCGAGAAGCUGGUGAAUCUCAGUCUUCUCACUAUGCAACUCGGCUCCAGGGAACACGACUUUGAGUCUUUCGUUUCUCACAAAGACGAUGAAGAAGAUGAUGGUUUGGCUGAGAAGGCCUUGGAAUUCGAUCUACUGUCUUCGUUCCUCAACUCAGAGGUGAAAGAAGUCGAGUCGCUCGUUGGUUUUCUCCGGAACGAAGUUCAAAGCGCUCGUGUCUUGAUGAUAUCUCCGUUUCAAGAUGAUGGCUUCUCGGAUUUGGAAGGGAAGUUUCAUGACGCUGAACAGUCUUUGGACCAGUUAAUGGACCAAGUGGUGGAGAUGAAGAAGCAGUCUUGUAGCUUUCACAAGUUAUCUUCUUCUGGUUUGGAUGAACUUGGAAGCUGGUCUGGAGGGGGUGGUGCUGCGGAAUGUCAAAACGAGGGUGAGUUUGGUGAUCUGAGCGCUAAGAUCAAAAUGCAGACUGCUGAUCAGCAGAGGAACGUUUUGAGGAUGCUUGAGAAAUCUCUGGCCAAGGAGAUGGAACUCGAGAAGAAACUAAGCGAGUCGCGAAACGCUGAAUACCAGCUAGAGAUCAAACUGUAUUCUUCCGAGCAGGAUGUUCUCUACAUGGAAGAAGUCAUCGAAGACGCGUAUUCGAGGUGGCUCGAGGCGGAUAAUGCUUCCGAAGUUUUCAAGGGGAUGUUAAAGGAGAUGUCUGGAAAGCUGCAGAUUCUCAAGUUCAGUCUGAGCGGGUCUUUUAAGCGGGAAGACAAUCUGAAGUCCGAGCUUGUUGAUUCGAACGAGCGUUUAGAAGCUAGGGAAUCCGCCUUGCACAAGCUUGAUAGCAGCAACGGGAGGCUUGGCGACUUUCUUAUGGCGCAGACGGAAGGGUUGAAGGAGAGUUUGAGAGAAGCUGAGGAGAAACUGAUUCUGUUGAACACUGAGAAUUCUACAUUAAGUGAGAAAGUUAGCUCUCUUGAGGAACAGCUGAAUGAAGAUGCUUCUUCUGCUGCUCAGAUAACAGAUCUUGAACGUAUCAACGAGGAUCUGAAAGAUCAGUUAGCCAAAACUGAAGCUAGGGCUGAGGAAGCAGAAUCCAAAUGGCAAAAGCUAGAAGAAAGCCAAAAGGAGGUUCAAGAAGAGUUGGGGAGUUUCAGAGCAAAAGGCUACACUCCGGAGAAGUUAGAAUCGCUGGAGAAACACUUGAGGGACUUAGAUCAUCAGCUAGAACUUGCGGUUGCAGCUGUUGAAGCAAGCAAAGAGAAGCAGAGCUUGUUGUACUCUACUGUCUCUGACAUGGAGGAUGUGAUUGAGGAUCUAAAGUCCAAAGUUUCCAAGGCUGAAAACAGGGCUGACUAUACUGAAGACAAGCUGAUCACUGUAUCUGAGUCUAACGCAGAUCUCAACGAAGAACUGAAAUUCUGUAGAGGUAGAUUGAAAGAAGCGGAGAGAUAUUCACAGCAAGCAGAGGAGAGAAAGUUGCAAACUGCUAAAGAUAUCGCACAACAUAACAAGAUCAUGAAGAAACUGGUCAUGCAACUAGCUUCCGAACGAGAACGCCUUCAUAAACAGAUAAAUAACUUGUCCGGAGAGAACCGUGUGUUGAUGGUGAAGUUGAAGAAGGUUGGAAAAACCGGUCAUGUGGAGAGUGAAAAUGGAAGUGAAGUUUCACCAAAGUCUGACAAGAGUUCUCUUCCUUGUGAUUCAGAAAGUAAACCUCAAGCCACCAUUACUUCACUAACUGAUCAAGAGGAGGAAGAGACAGAGUCAAGAUCAGAUAUUGGAAGUGUAAGGAGAUUAGAUGUUGGAGCUCUUGGGUUCAAGCACAUUCUCGUUGCAAUCUUGGUCAUCUUCAUGUCUUCAAUGGCUUACUUAAUAUCCCAGCAAAACAUCUAAUAGUCUUUAACCUUCUCACAAACACCAGUUUUGUUUAUUUUUCUCUCGAUGCAAUAAUUUACAAUUUCAGAAUAUAUGUUCUAGUUUCUUUUUUUUGUGGCUAAUCUUCAAUGAAAGAUUACUAACUUUUUCAGAA